UGCAGAAAGCGCAUAAAAACCUUCUCUGCGUACCAAGACUCCCCAGAACCCGCAAACUUAGUUGAGUUCUGUGCACUUGCUUCACAUACCUCAUGUUCGUCAACACUUUUGUCUUCUUCGUUGUUGCUCUGGCGGCCAUCGCUACCGCUGCCCCCUCCGACCUCGCAACUGGUCCAACCGGUGGUGGUGGCGGCGGCGGCAGCUGCAACGCCAACGCACUCUGCUGUAACAACGUCGGGACGUACAAUCAGCUUCAAGGCGUUCUCGGUGGUCUCGCGGGCAUUAACGUUAAUGCCCUGAACGGCAACCUGGGCGUUGGUUGCGUCCCCAUUGAGGUCAUUGGUCUGAUCCCAGAUAAUUCCUGCAAUGCCCAGGCCGUCUGCUGCGAAGGGACUACUUUCGCUAAUGCGCAAUUGGUCGGCCUCAACUGCGAUCCCAUUAAAGUUCUUUAG